GCCAAUUCUCAAUAAGGUCUUCCCGAGACAAACCCACCAACAGGAAAAGGAAACUUCUGCGAAAUCGAAACUGCUGGACAAAGGGCUGCCCCACGGAGCAGGCGGAGCUGCGCCAUUGCAAUCGCUCAGACAGGGUGACUGUUCCAGAGUCAGCACCAUGAACCCCAAUUCCCAAGCCUUCUUGAGCACCAGCGCCGGACUCCCCCCAAGCUAUGAGAGAAUCAAAGAGGAAUAUGGGGUGGUUGAGCUGGGGGAACCCCAUGGCUCAGCUUCUGUCAGGACCACCGUGAUCAACAUGCCCAGAGAGGUCUCUGUGCCUGACCAUGUGGUCUGGUCCCUGUUCAAUGCACUCUUCAUGAACUUCUGCUGCCUGGGUUUCAUUGCCUAUGCCUACUCUGUGAAGUCUAGGGACAGAAAGAUGAUGGGCGAUGUGAUUGGGGCUCAGGCCUACGCCUCCACCGCCAAGUGCCUGAACAUCAGCUCCCUCAUCUUCAGCAUCCUCUUGAUUGUUAUCGUCAUCAUUAUUGUCUCCACCACCUCUGUGGCAUUCAUUGAAGCCAUUUCUCAAAGGUUACCACAUUCCGGAUUCUAGUCCUGCCUCAUACUUCACAGUCCACAGCUGCCCCUCCCUCUAACCCCAUGCAUAUGCAAAUAUUACACUUACACAUCUGUCCACAGUGGAUUCAAUAAAGUGCACAUGGUAGCAACUG